UCUUCUCUGCAUUCUCUCUCCUACUCCGCCAUAUGUCUGCAGUUCCGUGCAUUAAAGUGCUAGCGGCAGAGAUAAAAAUAAAUCUGUCCAGGAUAAUCAUUCCACAUUGUAAAGAUUGAUCCAGAGAAAAUGCAUUUCCAUUUAUCCUUUAUAUUUCAGGCAAUGGCAAUUAGUUCAAAAUGUGGCUAGUAACAUCAGACACAAAUCAUAAAGACCUAGAAAAGUGCUUGCCUGCAUUCAUAAUAGUGUUUGCUUGAGAUGUGAACAAGAGUUGGAAAGAAUGGAUGUAGACGGUUGAAGUCACAGGGCUUCGUGAAGAGCAAACUCCAGUGCUUCAUAGCAUCAACACAUAAAAGAAGGUCCCGUUUCACUGGGUGAUGGCUCCUCCUUACUGAAAAAGUCAAGCCAGAGAAACUCAACAUACAAAGCAACCAUGUCAAAGAAAGGGCGCAAUAAGGGCGAAAAGCCUGAAGCCCUCAUACUUGCUCUCCAAGCUGCUAAUGAAGAACUCAGGACAAAAUUAACAGAUAUUCAAAUUGAGCUUCAUCAGGAAAAGUCCAAGGUUGCUAGACUUGAAAGGGAGAAGAACCAGGAAAGUAAACGCAUAAAGGAGCAAGAGCAGCAUAAGCACACAGUAAAUGUGACAGAACUGAAGGCUAAGCUGCAUGAAGAGAAGAUGAAGGAACUUCAGGCAGUGAGGGAAAACUUAAUCAAACAGCACGAGCAGGAAAUGUCUCGGACUGUCAAACUCAAAGAGGCAGAGAUCCAGCGACUAAAAUCUGCUGUCAGUGCCUUGCGUGAUGGCAGCAGUGACAAAGUUAGGACUGCCCUGAGCGUGGAAGCACGCGAGGAAGCUCGGAAAGUGUUUGACUCUGAACGCCUCAAGCUCUUACAAGAGAUCACUGAGCUGAAGUCAGCCAAGAAGCACGUAGAUGAGGCUCUCAAUAACAUGAUACAGGCGGACAAAAUCCGAGCUGGGGAUUUGCGGAGUGAACACCAGUCCCAUCAAGAAGCAGUUGCCAAAAUCAAAUGGGAAAGUGAGAGGGACAUUCGUCGACUGAUGGAUGAAAUAAAAGCGAAGGACAGGAUAAUAUUUUCAUUAGAGAAGGAAAUGGAGACUCAGUCCGGUUACUUACAGAAGCUGCAGCUCCAGAAGGAGGCCUUGGAUGAACAACUGUUCUUGGUGAAGGAAGCUGAAUGUAAUGUUGGAAGUCCCAAACGCGAGAUUCCGGGACGGGCAGGGGAUGGUUCAGAGCAUUGUGGCAGUCCGGACUUACGAAGGAAUCAGAAAAGAAUAGCGGAAUUAAAUGCUACAAUUCGAAAACUUGAGGACAGAAAUACCCUUUUGGGUGAUGAACGAAAUGAACUGCUGAGGAGAGUGAGAGAAGCAGAAAGACAGUGCAAACCUCUCCUGGAGAAAAACAAGUGCCUCACUAAAAGGAACGAAGAGAUGAUGCAGUCUCUACAGCGUAUGGAGGAGAAGCUUAAAGUCAUCUCAAAAGAAAAUGCUGAAAUGAGAGAGAAAAUCACAUCUCACCCUCCACUAAAGAAGCUGAGAUCCUUAAAUGAUCUCGAUCAAGCUGGUGAGGAGCAAGAAAUUGAGUUUUUGAAGCUACAAGUGAUAGAGCAGCAGAAUAUUAUUGACGAUCUCACAAGGGACCGGGAAAAGCUUAUAAGGCGGAAGAGACAUAAAAGAAGCUCUAAACCGAUAAAGAGACAUCUGGUUGACACUGUGUUUGGCUACGAUGAUGACUCCAUGGACUCAGAAACCUCUUCUGUGGCGUCUUAUCGAACAGACAGGACACCAGCCACGCCAGAUGAUGACAUAGAUGAAGGUUUGGCAGCAGAGGAAUCAGAGCUUCGGUUUCGACAGUUGACCAAGGAGUACCAGGCACUACAGAGGGCCUAUGCCUUGUUACAGGAGCACACUGGCAGCAUGAUAGAUGCGGAGCGAGAGGCCAAGAUACAGGAGCAGAUGCAGACCGAAGCUUUACGGUACAAAGCAAAGAUUGAAGACCUGGAAAAGGCCUUAGCACAGAAGGGACAGGACUCACAGUGGGUAGAAGAAAAACAGCUUUUUAGGAAACGGAACCAGGAAUUAUUGGAAAAGAUAGAAAAACUGGAGGUGGAGAACACCAAAUUACAGCAGGAGCUUCAAGAUGCCAGAGAUCAAAAUGAAUUACUGGAAUUUCGGAACCUGGAACUUGAAGAAAGAGAACGGAAAUCUCCUCCAUUUAAUCUCCAGAUCCAUCCCUUCUCAGAUGGGGUCAGUGCAUUGCAGAUCUAUUGUAUGAAGGAAGGGGUCAAGGAUGUCUGUAUACCAGACCUUAUAAAACAACUCGACAUACUAGGAGACAACGGGAAUCUGAGAAAUGAAGAACAAGUUGCCAUAAUUCAAGCAAGCACCGUAUUAUCUCUGGCCGAGAAGUGGAUACAACAGAUAGAAGCUGCAGAAGCUGCCCUUCAUCGAAAAAUGAUAGAGUUAGAGAGUGAUAUGGACCAGUUCUGCAAGCUGAAAGGUUACUUAGAAGAAGAACUUGAUUACCGGAAACAAGCCCUGGACCAGGCUUACAUGCGAAUUCAGGAACUGGAAGCCACCCUAUAUAAUGCGUUGCAGCAAGAUACCAAGAUCAAGUUUGGUGAACUUUUGAAUGACAAACAACAAGAUGAGCUCAGAAUGGCAGUAGAGAAGCUGAGGAGACAAAUGUUAAGGAAAAGCCGAGAAUUUGACUGUCAGAUCUUGCAGGAAAGGAUGGAGCUCCUCCAACAAGCUCAUCAGAGGAUACGAGAUCUGGAGGAUAAAACUGAUAUUCAGAAGAGACAGAUUAAAGACCUGGAGGAAAAGUUUCUCUUUCUAUUCUUGUUCUUCUCUCUUGCCUUCAUUCUUUGGCCUUGAUGCUACGAUACCUCUUGAGCAGAGUGCUAGACAACAUGGAUGAACCUGUACAAAAAGACAAAUGCUUCCAUAUUUGUUGAGGAGAGAACACUGUUUAUACUUGUACUGAAUGACAAUUCGAACAUGUUUUUUAAAGCCAUUGCUCCUGAUCUGCUGCCUGGCAGCUCCCGAGUGGUCCUGUCUAAAGUUACACUAUAUGCUGCAUUCAGUGGAAAUGUACAAGUCGAAGCAAAAGAGGAGAUCAAAAUCGUAUUCUUCUGAAUCCACAAGGAAUUGCAGGUCAAGAAAUCAAGAAGACUUGGGCGUAGAACCAAAGCUAAUUAGACAUAAUCUAUUCCCUGCUGUGCAGGGGGAAACUUUUAAAGUAGCAUCAUGAAUCCAAUGACUGAAUUGACUGAAAAAGAAUUCAGAUACUGCAAAGGAAAGAGCUGGAGGUAAAUUGACUACCCCAUUGAGGUUAUUUACAAUAAAAUAUGAAAUUCGGA